AUGAACGAACGCGCCAAAAUACCCGUCCUCCCCCCCAGCGCCCACCCAACAACCAGCACCUGGCAAGACCCGCCCGACGCCUCUCUCGCCAACCACCGAUCAACACCCGACCUCCCCGCCGAAGUCGACACUAUCAUCAUCGGCAGCGGGAUUACGGGGGCGGCUGUGGCUUGGGGGUUGUUACAGGGGGAGUCACCUCUAGAUCAAGCUGGGCAGGCUGGGCAGGAUAAGGGGGACGGGAAGGCGAUUGGGAUUCUGAUGCUCGAAGCGCGAGAGGCAUGUUCAGGUGCCACAGGGCGAAACGGCGGCCACACAAAAGCAGCAACCUACCGCACCUUCACCGACCACUUCCAAACCCACACCCCCGCCAUCGCGCGUCAAAUCGCCCUUCUCGAACGCGCCAACAUCUCUGCCGUGCACGCUUUCGCUCGCGAACACGGCUUCGACGGCCCUAGUAGCGGUCCUAGCGGUCCCACCGGCGGUUGUGACCUCCAGACGUGUGACACUGUCGAUGUAGUGUAUGACGCGGACGAAUGGGAGGAGGCGUUGGAGGGGGUUGCUGCGAUGCGGGAGGCUUUUGCUUCUUCAUCUGAGGCUGGGGGAGAUGGUGAUCAGGGGAGUGUGGAAACGCCGGAAAGACAUCGGGUGUAUACGCGCGAGGAAGCGUUGGCUGCGUUUCCCGUGCAUGAUGGGGUGUAUAAUGGGCGGGAGGAGAGGGUGCAGGGCGCGGUGCGGUAUGCGGCGGGGUCGUUGUCGGCGUAUCAGUUUGGGAUUGGGGUGUUGAGGUUGUGUGUGGAUAGGGGGUUGAAUUUGCAGACUGGGACGAUGGUUACGGAGGUGAAGAGGGUUGGUGAGGGAGAGGGUGAAGGGAUAUGGGAGGUGUAUACGCCUCGCGGAGUGGUGAAAGCGAAGAGGGUGGUGCUUGCUACGAAUGGGUAUACGGCGGCGGUGUGGAAGCGGUUUCAAGGCGUGGUUGUGCCGAUGAGAGGGCAGAUUACGGCGCAGAGACCUGGGAAGAACAUGCCGAAUGGGGGGUCGCUUGAGACUACGUACAGUUUCAUCUACAAGAACGGGUACGAGUACAUGAUUACAAGACCGGCAAACUCCAAGUUUGCGGGAGACCUCAUUAUGGGAGGCGGUUUGGUCCGAAUACCGGACGACGGGUUGGCGGAGUUUGGGACGACUGACGAUGGGUCGUUGAACGAGGAGAUCAGCGAGUACCUCAGGGAGUCGACCGCGAGGUAUUUCGGGUCGGACUGGGGCGAGGACCACGCCGACGGCCGGGUCAGAAGCGAGUGGACAGGAAUCAUGGGCUUCAGUCCCGACGGCUUCCCGUUUGUCGGGGAAGUGCCCGGCGAGCGCGGCUUGUGGACCAGCUGCAGCUUCCAGGGGCAUGGCAUGGUGCUGUGCUGGAUGUGCGCCAAGGCCUUGGUCGCCAUGAUGGACGGGCGGGACGGGGACGAGCUGCGGGAGUGGUUCCCGGAUGUUUUCCGCAUCACCGAGGAACGGCUUGCGCUAGAAUUUCAGGGUCGACUCGACGCGUGCUCAACGGGGGCAGAGUAA